AUGUCACUGAAUCAGCAACGAGACGUGCAACAGCCUUCAGCUGUUUGCGCAGAAGCAGAGGCCAUGGGUAGCAAUUCUGAGACUGUUGUGGCUAGCGGUAGCAAUAUAAACAAUCCCGCUGGUUCAGAAAACAUUCAUACAACAGCUGAUAAGAGUUUUGUUGACACAUUAGUUGUUAUUAUGCAACAGUUGUCUCUAUUAGCCGAAGGCCAAGCGGAAGUAAAACGAGACUUAUCCGUUAUACAAUCUGAAGUAAAACGAGUCUUAUCAGCCAUACAAAAUGAACUCCAAAAUCAAUUACCUGAAAAUCAAACAGAAUUACAAAAUCAAUUGAGAGCAACCUUUACAGAAUUAGAUCAGAGAUUAAAUACCCAGACACAGGAAAUAAAAGAACAGGCAGGAAGGACCGAACAGAAUCUUAUUGCUCAAAUUGAGCAGGUCCGCCAACAAUGCCAAGAAAACAAUAGUAAAUUAAAAGCAAAUGAUAUUAGAGCGGCAAAAUUUUCGUUCGGAAACGAUAAAGAAACUGUGAAAGUAGCUUUACAGUCAAUUUCAGAGAGUUCCGAGGAAAAUGUUUUCAACAAAGGGUUAAAGGAAGUUCGUGAACAACUUGGCGAAGAAUUCUCGCUUUGGAAAGAAAAUAUAGAUAGAUCACUAAAUCUCUCGCAGGAGGAUUUAGAAACAGUGAGAAGCAUGACAUUCCGUCCACGUCAAGAUCCGAUUACCGUUGAGAAGAAGAUGACUAAACAGAGACAGUUUCAAAUCUUUAACCCUGACAAAAAGAAUGUUCAUCCUGUAGUCUUUAUUCGAAGUUUCAGAGGUCUAUUUCCACGACAGAAUGGCAAAAGCUUAGUUUUGAUACUCAAGUCCAGACUACCCACCAGUAUAAGGAAUCAGCUGUUAUAUAUAAAUGAUAAGGAUAUAGACUCAUUUAUGACUACAUUUGAUCAUAUUGAUAUAACUGAGGAGGACAAUAAAAGGGCAAGAGAAAUGUCAUAUCAAAGAAGACUAAUAGAAGCGAAUCCGAGCUGCAACUCGAAUGGGAAUGACAGUAAUGGUAGCAGUAACAAUAAUCAUAACCAACUACACUCUCUGAGGAGACUUAGAAAUGGACAAAAUGCAAACAAUAAUUAUUACCAUAAUAGAAACUUUAGUAAUGGUGCAGCGAGGGGCUAUUUUAGGAACAAUAGGAAUUUUAAUCGAUAUAAUCCAAUGCAUGGCAACACAGGACAGUUCUACCAACACCAGCAGAACAACAACAAUAAUUAUAGGAUUCAAGCAAGACAAUACAGACUGAAUUCACCACAACAACCGAUAAUCACUGAAGUAGCUGAAGAGACAAAUACCAAUCGGACCAACAAUCAGUCAAACUAA